AUGGGAAACAAUGCAGGCAUCAAAUUAAUUCUCGGGGCCGCCCCAAUUGGUGACAGCUCCGUCGAUCCCAUGGCGCGAUUCUCUACUCCGAAUGAAGUCAAUGCUUUUCUUGACGUCUUUUCCAAGCAUGGCCAUGAACAAAUUGACACUGCCGCUGUUUACUCCCCAGGCGCCCCGUACACGUCUGAGCCUAGAAUUGGUGCUGUCUCUGCAGGCCAUCGAUUCCGUAUCGAUACCAAAGCCGACUGGUUCGAAGGCCACACCAAGGAAAGUGUCUUGCGUGAUAUUGAAAACUCGUUGAGAAACCUGAAAAUCGAUCAGAUAAAUAUUUAUUAUCUUCAACUACCCGAACGCGUGCAUCCACUCGAGCCAGUUCUUGAGGUUCUUGAUCAGGCUUACCGCGAUGGCAAGAUCAAGGCUUGGGGCAUCUCAAACUAUCGAGCAGAUGAGGUUCAGAAAACCAUUGAUGUCUGUGAGAAGCUGGGGUUUGUCAAGCCAAGCGUUUACCAGGGCCAUUACAACCCAAUCGUUCGUGGUGGAGAGAAAGACUUAUUCCCUCUCCUACGCAAACAUGGCAUGGCGUUUUACGCGUAUAGCCCAGGCGCAGGUGGCUUUUUCGCCCAGAAGCACAAAAGUCCCGAGUCAAUGUCGCGAUUUUCAGGAUCAACGAAAGUUGGGAGCAUGUAUGUUGCCAUGUACGUCAAACAGCCUAUUGAAGCCGCUGUGGAUAAAGCGCUUCAGGUAGCGGCUAGGUACGGUAUUGGAGGCCAUGCUGCCGCACUCCGAUGGACAGCUCAUAAUAGCAUUUUGAACCAAAAUCACGGAGAUGGCGUCAUCAUCGGCGCGUCAAGCUUGGAGCAGCUGGAAAGUAACCUCCAGGUGAUCGAACAGGGCCCAUUGCCUGAGGAGGUUGCCACAGCCAUUGAUCAGUCUAUCAAGAUAUCUGAUUACACAGGCACAACUAUGAAUUUUAUUAUAGUAUCCAAUCCAGGUCAACGAGCCUCUGCCAAGACGACCCGGCGAGUUCACUCUCAUGCUGCUCGCAUCGCUCAUGCAAAAACUCGGAGAAGGGAUGUGGCAGAAUACAAUAGUAUCAAGACGGGACGCAAAAAAGAUGAUAUUCGCGGUGUGUCUACGCCAAAGUACACCAAAGAACAAUCAGAACAAUCAUCAAUUGCAGUCCCACGUAUUCUUUCCGGUGAUUUCCAAUCUGAUGGGAUUUGCCGUUUUCGGCAGCAUCUCUCAUCCAUGGAACACUUUGUCUUUAAUCACUACAUACAAACGGUUCUACCCGCACAAAUAUCUUACUGUCCUGUAGUAAUGGGCUUGAAAGAGAAGGUCAUGGAUAUAAGAAGUCACUGGAUGUCUUUUGUUGCCAGUGAUCCCAUAAUUCUCCGAGGAUUUCUGCUUGCCGCAUGCCGCCAUCUAUCUUUGGUCGAGCUGCAAGAUAACUUUGCUGAUAUGGCUAUACGGUACAAGCUAUGUUAUCUACGAGGAGUGCAGGAAUCCAUGUUUAUCAAUGAAUCAUCUUCGCGACGCGAAGCUGUGUCGAUGACCAUCGUGCUGUCUUUCGACGAGGUCAUGUGCGGUAACCAUUCAAUGGCUGCGAAACACGUAUUAGGAGCUAUCAGCAUGAUCGAUGCCGCCGGAGGUAUCGAGGCUCUAGAAUUGAACAAUGUGGUCCGAUACAUUCUCUGUAGUCUCCUUUACGGGAAGAGACUGGUGGAUCGCAAUAGGGAAUUGUUUCUAAUGACAGAGUCUUUGACACCCGACUCCAUAUGGCCAUAA